AGCCAAGUUCCUCCGCCAAGUUUAUGUCCUGCCCCGUCCCCGGAGCACCAGUCUGCAGCAGGAUGGGGCAGGUGGGCGUCGGAGGAAUGGCCGGGGUUAGGAGGCUGAGGUGGAAGAUCCGCUUGGCGUUGCUGACAGCUCUAGCGGUCUCUCUGGCUUUUUCCAGCCUGGCUGUGGCUGUCCUGUCCUGGCUCAAGUGUCGCAGUCUGUCCCGGUCUCUGCAAGCCUGGGAGAGUAGCCUUCAGAGACAAGGGGAUGUGUCAAUGUCGUUUGCGAAUGUCCGCUCGGACCUGCCACAGGAAGUGGGGAGUCCCGCAGUGAGGUUGAGCUUCCUGCAGGGGCUGCUGGAGAGCAAGGCAUUGACACGGAUAAGGAGGGAUCGACGGAGAGAUUCUGGGGUCAAAACCAAGCAGCCUAUGGCAGCUCAUUUUGAAGUGAUGCCCAAUAAUGUGGAUGGGACAUACAUCGUUGAGAAGGGUGGGAUCAUCAGGCAGUGGUUAGAAUGCCCACUUGAGACGACCAAAAGUGCAGUGACCUACAACAACAAGACGGCCAGAUUCACCGUACACCGGGAGGGAGUCUACUACAUAUACAGUCAGGUUCAUUGCGAUGACAACACCACAGCCUACUUAAAGCUGGACGUGAUGGUGGACAAAGAAUUGACUUUUCGGUGUGUUCAGGGAUUACCGCCGACCCCUACCUACAGCCAGCAACUGGCUGUGCAUUCUUGCCAAGCGUCUGGAUUAGUUCGGCUCCGGAAGAAGUCCCAGAUCAGUGUUUACAGCAUCGCCGGGGUGCACCUGAAACCCAAAACCUUCACUCACUUCGGGCUCUUCAAGCUGUAAAAGGGGACCAUGUCUGUGUCCGCGUGUCUGUGUGCGCAAGUGUGUGGGGAGACUACUACAUACAGCCUGGCCUUCUUAAACUGAGAGACCGCUGUGUCAAAGAGAGGGAGGGAGAGAGACAGACUUUUCUUGUACCUUUUCUUCCUUUUGACUAGAUCCACCUGCAAUCCUGACAACGGCAGACCACUUGGCGCGAGAAAACACCCAGAGGGUUCUGCGAUUUGCCCCUCCCGUCGUCCGAGAUUAGCUCUUUUCCCUGACUUUCGAGCUCACUCUCUGGACAGCGACACGAAAAGAAAGUGCCAGAGAAACUCAACAGGCUCUACACAGAGAGAGAGAGAGAGAGAGAGAGAGAGAAAGCAUGGGGUUAAUAUCCAACAUGAUUCUUCCCCGAUAUGGGACGAGGACCCUGGCUGCGUGUGCGUGUAGGGCAGUGGGGAGGAUUUGGCUGUGGUGCCCCAUUCAGUCGAAUAGCUGGCUGCCUGAGGGUUGCAAGGCUGCGGCCAACAGGACAGUACCAGGAUCCAUGGCCGCAAAAUGUCACAAGAGUGAAAGUGUGGGGUGUCAGUCUGGAGAGGCUUUUCCAAUCUGUUUCUAAUCUCCAAUUUGAGUUUCUUCAAACAAUUUUCCUUCUUGUAAGAACGCGGGAGACUUGUUUUUGUCUGUUUCAUGAUUGGUUGGCAGGUGGCAGGGUCAGGCCCUUGGCUAUAUUAAGUAUCAGGGGUCAGGGGGCAAAGGUCACCUGUUCAAGUAUCCAGGAAUACCUCCAAGGUCUCAGUUGGAAUGGGAGAGCAAAAAGCACUAUUGAAAGUUAAGAUGUAUGCAUUGUGUAAGUCUUUGAGACAUUACCUGUUGUGUUCUUCCCAGAGCUUCUCUCUUUCAUUUCCCAUUUCUCCCCCAAGUGACCUCUGCUGACAGGAUUGAUAACCAGAGACCGGAGAUUUGAAAUUGGUAGGGAGGGAGUUACGGGAAGGGUUUUCCGUUCGGAGAGAGUUGACAAUCUCCACCUGGGAAAGGGAUAAAGGAUGAUCCCACAAAUAAUUCCAACAGGGUCACAGAUUGAAAGGCAAAGUGAGGAAGCUCUUUUAAAGAGCUGGAGUAUUAUGAUGGGCCAAGUGGCCUUCUGUAGGUUGCAGUGAUUCACUAUUUUCCCUCGUCAUUGCUGUUACUGUCUCCUCAUGGGUUUUUUUUUAUCCCAGCUUCCUGACUCAGUCAGUUCCCUUUCUGGUUUUCGGUUGGGGUAGCCUGCAUCCUGUACUGCGAGUGGAGAAUCGUUUGCACUGCUCCUGUUCCCAAGUGCCUUCAAAAUUGAGAUUGCUGGAAUUAUAGGUAAAGGCCAAUUUCAGUCCGUCAUCUCUCCUGUGUUCACUGACCCCAGUGGCAGCUCUGUAACUGUGACCCUCCAGUGUGAUGGGGGGGAACAUUGGAGCUACUGAGAGACCCGUUGCAGUUAAAUAGUUAAAUUGGCAGGUUUCAGAUUGGAGGUUUCUGAUGGAUUGGCAGCUCAGGAAGGAAAUGGCACCUUUAGGGAUAAAGGAACUUGAAGAUUAACAAAAGCACAACGGUGAAUGUUGUUGCCAAAACAGCCCGUUGUUUUUGGGGAGGGCGAGGUCAGACCCGAUCAGGGCAUUGGACAAAUCACUCCAUCCUGACUCCUCCCCAAAGCCUGUCCCACCAUUGACAAGGAGUGUGAGGGAAUACUCUCCACUUGCCCUGGAUGGGGGCAGCUCCAACAACAUUCUAGAAGCACGACACCAUCCCAGGACAAAGCAGCUCCUGGUUGAUUGGCACCACAUCCACAAACAUCCCCUCCCUCCUCCACCGACGCUUAGGAGUAGCAAUGCGUACCAUCUAUAAGAUGCACUACAGAAAUUCACCAGGGUUUCUCUGACAGCACCUUCAAACCUUCAAGUUCCCCUCUGAGCCACUCCCCAUCCUGACUUGGAAAUAUAUCGGCGGUUCCCUCAGUGUCGCUGGGUCAGAAUCCUGGAGCUCCCUCUCUCACGACACUGUGUGGGGGUCUCUGCACCAUGCAGGACUGCAGCGGUUCAAGAAGGCAGCUGACUCCCACCUUUUCAAAGGGGCAGCUAGGGAAGGGGCAGCAAUGUUCUACCCACAUCACAAUAACAAAUCUACUUAAAAAUUGGUCUUUUAGAGUUGGAAGAGGCAUGGCAGGGGUGAGGGGGGUAACGGAGAAUAACAGGUAUUGGAAAAAGAGGCAAGCGAUACUGGGCGUGCAGGAAUUCAGUGAGCUGCAAACAUUUUUGUUGGCUUAAAUCACUGGGCGGAUUCUGAAAUGAUCUCUGUCAAGCUGCAGAGAGGGAAGUAGAGGAUUAGAAGGAAAACAAUAGCUCUUAAAGAUUCAGGGAGGGCUGGAUGGAGCACUGCACAGCCAAAGACAUCAGGGCUGGGUAAGUUGUUGGAGGGAAUUCCGAGGGACAGGAUUUACAUGUAUUUGGAAGGGUAAGAACUGAUUAGGGA